AUGGGUUACACAAAAUUCUCUAAAAUUAAACAAUACAGAAAUAUCUGUAUCGAAACUAGAGCAUUUAUAUGAUGUCCUGACAACGGGCCCAGGGCCACCAGAAUGCCUGCGGACGACGACUAUGGCCGAAGACAGAUCUCGUUGCCGCAAUAUGCCUCUCAAUGUCAGUCGCCUUCUCGGUCCGCUCAUUGUCCUGCUGGUUGCAAUUCUGCCGAAAAGCAGCAGGAUACUCUCACUUCUCAUCGCUAUUCGAACGAUAAGACUCUGCUGGACGCACCGGCGACCAAUGAUCGUGAGCGAUACGUUGCCGCGACGGAACGAUUCGCACAGGAUCGCGCAACCCCUUCGGAACGUUACUCCACUGAUCGGUUCGGUUCGGAACGUAGUAACUCGGAUCGGUUGCCGUCGGGUGAGCGGUAUCAGGGUGUAUCAGAACGGUUUCCUCUCGGAGAGCGACCGCAAACGUCUAUUUCGAAUGAUAGACUUCUGCUCAAGGAACCACUGCAAACCUCAGGGCACUGUCAAAAUGAGAAUAAGGCGGUUUAUCAACCAGAGAGGUACAAUUAUGAUAGGUCAACUAAUCCAAGGUUCCCCGAGAGGUACACACCGAUUCAAAAUAUUGGUAGUUUGGAUAGGUACCACUCACACGGAACAGUGGACAGGUAUUCAAGGACUACAACGCCUACUGACAGGUAUCACACCUUAUCGACUGAUAAAGAAAGAAGCGCUAACAACGACGACCGUUACGUUUCUACCACAGAUAGACACAUGUCAAACACAGAACGUCACAUGUCGAACACAGACCGUCAUACUAGUAGCGGUUCCAAGACAGAACUUUGUCCUAGAGAAAGGGAGAGAUCGACGAGUUCGGAUAGAAAUAACAAGGAAAGGGAGUAUCAAAACCGAUAUGAACAGUACGUUAAUGAGAGGCUGGGACAAGAUCGCUUUCCAGCUAUACCUUGCCCGGAAAGGUUCGCCACGCAAGAGAGAAUUGAGCGACCAGAGAAGAUGGCUUUUUCUCAGGUUUCUUAUUUGGAACCACCUUCUCCAGCACCGGCUAGUGACAGAUUCUUUCCACCUCCACCGUUAUCUCCUGAAAAUACUCCCAGUCCAGACUGCUUUUCAAACAAUACUUUUCCUUCGCCUACUGCUGCGGUACCACCUCCAGAACGGUUCAUUCCUCCGCCACCUUUGUCUCCUUCACCAACUGAGGCGUUUGCAUCAAAGAACGCUGUCGAGCGUUAUGACAAAAUCCAGAGAUACCAGGGAUAUUCCUCCUCGCCUAAUAUUUCGACGGAUAGGUUUCAUAGUAACGAUCACAGAUAUAAGGAAAGGUAUAGCCAGAAUUAUGCCGACAGGUAUCAGCAAAACAGUCAGCAAAACUUUAGUACUGAUAAGUAUGUAAAUACAGAUGGGCGGUUCAACGCGGAGCGUUACAUCCCACCGAAUGCCCACAUACCGGUUGAGAGGUACGUUCCGCAACCUCAAGAACCGUACUUCUCAACCUACCAAUCGUAUGGUUAUAAACAAUUUAACACUAGCGAUCCAUACAUGCGUCGAGAUUUAGCAUUCCAUUACCGAUUACCACUACCAUACGGUACCAAUUAUCAAAGGAUCCGAUUUACCGGAACACCCGGUAGGUUUAAGUGUUGUCCAUAUCAGGAGGGAUAUCAGAUGUGUAAAUCCAGUCCUGGUUCCAGUUCCAGCAGCUCGGUAACAAGUCAAGGAAAUCAGAAGGAAGUACCAUGUGUCAAUAGCAGUCUUCAGGAAAUCCAGUGCCAAAAUUAUCAUGGAAAGGAAUAUUUUCAGCAAGAGAAAGGUAUACAGUGCGGGAAUGCGCAGUGCGAGGCGCGUGCAAAAGGGGCGAAGGGACAAUGUCGGCAUAGUAUAUGCGUCAGUCCUUCGGUAGAGUACGUCGGGGCUUCCGGGGGUAGACACGUGUGCGCCACACCUCCACCUAGAGGUGGUAUUACUUCAGAGACUACCGUGUGUAACGAGAAUUGUUAUCCCAGAAGAUCGCAAAGUACACUCACUGUUACUGUGUGGUAA